AUGGCCGACUUCAUUGAAGCCUGGUACUCGGACCUGCUAGCGACAGCGGCCGAUGGACUCACGGGAACGACACAGGCAUCCAAUUAUAGGGGAACUAUCACAGGGUCUACACAUGUGGAACGCCUUCUAGAGAUCAUGAGGACAGAUCUACAAUAUGGCCUACGCUACAAAGGUUUGAUAGAUUACGCAUGCGGCCUCAAGGAAAGUGACUUUAAAGAACUGCUGGCUCAGGUGCUAAUAAAAAGCUGUUUGGUAUUUGAAAAUCCUCUUGAGGAACUUCAAUCACUUCUGCAUUGCCUAAAGGAGAAAUUUGGCCGAGUCCCUGUGCCAAUACAAAAAGAGCUGGGCAUGGGAGAUGAUUUAUUUGUUGACAAAUUCACAGUUUACGUAUUUUGGAUCUGCAACAACUUAGAGUAG